GGGAUGGGAGGAGAGACCCGGGGCGAUGGAGAGGCUGAUACAUCAACAGAAGUUUCUCACCUAGGAAUGCUAGGGGCGCUCCCUCAUCUCCUGUGUAUCUCCACCUCUGCGCGGGAGAGGGGCCGAAGCUGCUCUCUCCACCUCUCGUACUGCUCGUUGCAAACGAGGGGGAAGCUGCUGAGAGCCCCUAACACCGCUAGCCUUUUAAUAUUGUAUGCAAGGAGGAAGAGGGCGAGGGACAACUUGGAGCCGGGCAACUGACCUCCGACCCGAAAGGCCUCUGGGGAGGGAGGGCAAAAGAGGAGCGGCUGGGCUGGGGGACUUGAUGCGGGGGUCAUGGGCAGGGCGGCGCUCCUGGGACUGGCCCGCCUGUGCGCGCUGUGGGCAGCCCUGCUCGUGCUGUUCCCCUGCGGAGCCCAAGGAAACUGGAUGUGGUUGGGCAUUGCCUCCUUCGGGAUUCCGGAGAAGCUGGGCUGUGCCAACUUGCCGCUGAACAACCGCCAGAAGGAGCUGUGCAAGAGGAAACCGUACCUGCUGCCGAGCAUCCGAGAGGGCGCCCGGCUGGGCAUUCAGGAGUGCAGGAGCCAGUUCAGACACGAGAGAUGGAACUGCAUGAUCACCGCGGCCUCCACCACCGCCCCUACGGGCGCCAGCCCCCUCUUUGGCUACGAGCUGAGCAGCGGCACCAAAGAGACAGCAUUUAUUUAUGCCGUGAUGGCUGCAGGCCUGGUGCAUUCUGUGACCAGGUCAUGCAGUGCAGUCAACAUGACAGAGUGUUCCUGUGAUGCCACCUUGCAGAACGGCGGCUCAGCAAGUGAGGGCUGGCACUGGGGGGGCUGCUCCGAUGAUGUCCAGUACGGCAUGUGGUUCAGCAGAAAGUUCCUAGAUUUCCCCAUCAAAAACACCACGGGCAAAGAAAACAAAGUACUGUUAGCCAUGAACCUACAUAACAAUGAAGCUGGAAGGCAGGCUGUCGCCAAGCUGAUGUCAGUAGACUGUCGCUGCCACGGAGUUUCCGGCUCUUGUGCUGUGAAAACAUGCUGGAAAACGAUGUCUUCUUUUGAAAAGAUUGGCCAUUUGUUGAAGGAUAAAUAUGAAAACAGUAUCCAGAUAUCAGACAAAAUAAAGAGGAAAAUGCGCAGGAGAGAAAAAGAUCAGAAGAAAAUACCAAUCCACAAGGAUGAUCUGCUCUAUGUUAAUAAAUCUCCCAACUACUGUGUAGAAGAUAAGAAACUGGGAAUCCCAGGGACACAAGGCAGAGAAUGUAACCGUACGUCAGAGGGUGCAGACGGCUGCAACCUCCUCUGCUGUGGCCGAGGCUACAACACCCAUGUGGUCAGGCACGUGGAGAGGUGUGAGUGUAAGUUCAUCUGGUGCUGCUAUGUCCGUUGCAGGAGGUGUGAAAGCAUGACUGAUGUCCACACGUGCAAGUAACCACUCCAUCCAGCGUUGGGCAAGACGCCUCAGCAAUAUACAAUGGCAUUGCAAGCAGAGGGUGCCUCUCCCUGUGCAGCACUAGUUAAGUUGAUUCUUACGGUGAAAUCCCCAGAACCCUGGAUCUCUCUAAGAGUUUCCUUUACCUGAUAGACAUAUUUUCCUUUGCCAGAUCAACCCAUUGAUCAUGUGGAUUUCUUGGAAUUCUAACAUUAAAAAGGUUUAUAUUCAUCUUUUAGUGAAUUGGGGACUAUAUAUUGACAUAUAAGGAAGAUAAUCUGUUUCCUAAGCAAGAAAUAACAGGGAAGAUUCCUCAUGCCAGGAGGCCUGCCAUACUCAGGAUAAGAUCCUUGAAUAUGGAACUUAGUUACAGGACUGAAUAGUGGUGGGUGAUCAUUAGUCAUUUUUAAAAGACACCUCUAAUAGCAACAAGGAGACGUUAACAUGAAUCUCAUUUAUUCUGUCAGUAUUUUAAUUGAAGAGAUUAUACUGUUUGGGCAUAGACAGAAGAUGUUGAAAAGUUAACAUAAGCAGUGGGUGCUGACUUAUCUUUUCAUGCACUUCCAAAGAAAGGUAAUCAAAAAAAGAAUCUUCUUAAGUGAUACGAUAUCCCUAAAAAAUACUUGUUGCAGCUGUUUAGUGACAAAGAAUUAAUAUGUAAUGAGAAAAUGGAUGAUUUCUAUUUUAAGUGCCUUUAAAGUGGGAGAAUCUAGAAAAAGGUCCAUAAGGUAUAUAGCUGUCUUUCAUCUUUAGAUUCAUACUUUGAUUACAGACCAGUUUCCACUGUUAAAAACCCACCUCUGAGAUACUACAGGGAGCAUCCUGAAACAUACGAGAAAAGUAGAGGCAAAAAAUAUAUAAUUUCAUACAUUGUAAAGAAAAGCACCCUUUAAAUGUGUAAAGACAGUAUUUUGUAAAGUAUUUUGUUGAAAAUGUUUCUAUUUUGUAAAUACAGUAUUUAAGUUAUAUGAUCUAUAUUAAAACUUAAAACAUUUAUUGACAAAGCCCAAGAGCUAAGGCAGUAAAAUUAUCUCAUAAAUAAGUUUAACUUCUUUUUUUUUUUCAUACUAUUAACACUGACUAUUUUUUUUUUUUUUUGGACACAGAAGAGAAUUCAAUUUAGCAGUUAGUUAUAUGGAGGUGUACUUCUUGCUAAAAUAAUGUUAUAGAUUAAAAUAAGCUGCAAAAUAUCAAAAAUUGUGUUAUUUCAGCAGUCAGAUUAAUUGAAUUCUCUUUUCACAUUAGUCAUGCUUAACUCAUAAGGUUGUAAUAAAUUAUAUAGUAAAAGUCUUAACUGGAAAAAAGCACCUAAUUCAGAAUAGUGAUCAAUUUAUGGAUUUGAUAUCCUGGAUAUUUAUUAUAUUUUAUGUAAUGCUGCAUUUCUAUUUGAAUGUUGAGUGGUCUUUCUUGUUUUAAUAUUCAUGCAUGUAUAUUCAUCAUAUUUUACAAGAUUCCUGGUAAAAAUUACAGGGCUCUAUUUAAGAUUGUAUUUUAAUGUAAAUGCCUAUGUUUUUAUGAAUUGUCAAAUAUUUCGGUAUUAUAUAGAAAAAACAGAUUUCCUAAAUUCAGAAUGAAAACAGAGAGAAUAUUCAUUUUCAUAUUAAUAAGACAAAGAAAUGUUUCCCUGUCCCACAGUCUUCAUUCUAUUUCCCUUUAAUUUUACUCACUAAGAGCAAUAAUUUUUGGAAAAAAGCAAACCCAUGGAAAAAGUCUCAGGUCUAAUAUUAAAAUCAAGACUAAGCAUUUAACUGUGACUCGUAAAGUUUGACAAAGUUAUAAUUUACUAAAUGAGAGACACAGAAAUGGCAAAUAUAAAUAUAGUGCAUAUUUAAAAGUGGUUUUCCAUUCUUUAACAUCCAUUGAAUAGAAUAAUCUGAAAAUAGACACUCUUUCCUGCUUAUUUUUUCAAAGUAAAUCUGUUUUAUCUUUGUCGAACAGAAGCACCCACAGAAAGACUGUAGUGUCUAUUAACAACCAAUUUCUUCUAUUAAUUAGAAAACCUUUCAUAUUACCUUAUCAACUGACUGUGAGAAUCUGGUAGCGUCUAAUUUCCAAACACUUGAUUACUGUGUAGCCAUUGUUUUAAAAACAAUGAUGCUAACUCAGGCACAUCUGUCUGGGAUGCCUCAGCAAAACCUCUUCCUAACUCCAAACCUGUGUCUCCUGGCUCUUCUUUUCUUUUCACCUUUGAUAUCACCACAGAAGCCAUCCUUCAGUUUCUCACCUGUCUUUUUUUUUUUUUUGACAGAGUCUCAGUCUGUUAUCCAGGUUGGAGUGUAGUAGCCUAAUCUACUUUGGUUGGAGAUUGAGGUGGGUUUAAGCAUUUCUCCCACCUCAAUCUCCCAAGUAGCUGGGAUUACAGACAUGUGCCACCAUGCCCGGAUACUUUUUGUAUUUUUAGUAGAGAAGGAGUUUCACCAUAUUGGCCAGGCUGGUCUCAAACUCUUGACCUCAAGUGAUCCACCCACCUCGGCCUUCCGAAGUACUGGGAUUACAGGGAUGAACCACCAAACCCGACCAUCACCUGUCUGUCUUAUUGGCUGACACCCUGCCCUUAGUCUAUUUCCAUUGCACUCCCAGUCAUGGUGCUCCUGGGAACACAAUUCUGAGACCCAAAGGCUCCUAUCUAGUCUAAACUACAUGGGCUGUAUUUAUUAAGACCCCGUAUGUUGCAAGUAAUGGAAAAAUCAACUCAGACUCAUUUAAACAUUAAAUGUGGUGACUCAGUAACUAAAAACUCCAGACUUAUGACUGGUUCAGGGGAAGCUUGAUCCAUAAGCUCACACCAUGUUCCCUGGGCUCAGGUCUCUCCAUCUCUUUAGGCUGGCUACUGGCAGUCUGCUACUUAAGGGUCCACACAGUGCUAUGCAUCAACCUCUUAGAAACGCUCUCACCCCCUGAAUCUCCAGUCUACUUUUCUUAGCAACAUGGCUGCCAAGCUUCCAGACCUCACAUUUUCCUACCUACCACUCAUUCUAAGGAAAGAGAGAUCCCAUCCUCAAGAGAGAGAGAUUUUUUCCUGGUUUGGUCACACAGAUGGAAGGAAAACCUUGUCUUUCUCAGAGGGCUCAGCAAAGGUCUUCUGAGUCUCGAUGGUUCUAAUUGGUUAAAUGUGCCUCUCUCUGAAACAAUCACCAUGACCAUCGGGGGUUUUGGGUGAGUCAUAGGGACAUUGAUCCAUCUUAAGGCCAUCAUGACCCAUGUCUGGAAGUGGGUUUCCCCACAACUAAAAUUACACAGCAUGAGAAUAGAGAGGGGGAUGGUUUACCUAAAGGAAAACCAGGGUGUUAUGUUACUGGUAAUGAGUACCUGGACGCUGGGCAGCAAAGACAUUAGAUGUCUUAGUUCUCGGGAGUUGUUUAGGAGAUCGCCUUUGGUGUCACGUGGAGCUCACAGCAGACAAAGCAAGCCCUAAGCACUGUGGAUUAUGUAUGUGGCUAUGAAGUGCUUCCAUUUGUUUAAAUGCCUUUCGUAAUAUUAAAGGGGGAAGGGAGGUGCUCCAGUGGAUUAUUCUUCAGUUUAGGAGUUCAACUUCUUUGUAAAUUUGGAACUAACAGAGGCAGUGAUAAGAGGCUAUGAUUCAUCCUGAAACAAAAUCAAGAAAAAUAUAUUUUGAUAUUAUCUGUAAUAUCUGGAUUAGGAAGUUAAAUAAUUAAGGCAUUUUCCUGAUAACUGUACUUUACACAACAUUAACAACACAUUAAUUCUUUUGAAUAUAAACAACUGCAUUAUUUCUUUAUUUACAA